UUGUUGACAGGCAGUUCUCCAAGUGACAGCUAAACAGGAAGAGAGAAGCAAGGGCCAGGCAAGGGAAAGAAGAGGCGGUGGGCAGGGAGUGCCGGUUUGAUUUGAUUUGAUUUGAUUUGGUUUGGUUUGGUUUGUUAUUUCACCUGUUCCCUCACCAUGGAAGAUUAUCACUCUAGCGAGGAGGUGUCCUUUAAUCCAGAUGAAUCCAGUAACUGUGUUAAAGAGUGUAUUGAAAGCAUCAUUGGUGGAAUGGAUUACAAUCAAAACAAAGUAAACCAAUGGACAGCCAGCAUUGUUGAACAUUCCUUGACACAGCUUCUGAAGCAGGGGAAGCCAUUUAAAUAUAUUGUAAAUUGUGCUGUAAUGCAGAAGAGUGGAGCUGGUCUACACACUGCAAGUUCUUGUUACUGGGAUACCACCACAGAUGGAAACUGUACUGUUAGAUGGGAGAAUCGAACCAUGUACUGUGUUGUCAGUGUUUUUGCAGUUGCUGUUGCCCUGUAAAUAAACAAAUAAUUGGACAUGUUGGCAGUUUCCUUAAAAUGAAAAGAUUCAGACAAAAUCCACAGCUUGGAGAUUUAAUAUGGAUACAGAAACCAUGUGUAACAAAAGUGGUGAAAGAACAUUGGUAAUGAAUAUAGAAGAAAGUCCCACUAAGUGUGUCAUUGCUAGCCAGGAAGACUUUAAAAGGUUUACAAUAUGUCAUUUGUUUUGUACACAUCUAGUAUUUGUUUAGUGAAAACUGUAAAUCUUGCAAAGCAAAGGCAAUCUUUUAGCAUUGGUAAGUUCAUUAAAAGGGCUUUUUUGUACGUUUGUCAGUUAGAAAUUCACAAAAACAAACAUUAUUGCUUAAUUAUUAAAUAUCCAAGCUCUCAUAUUGUUAAUUUUGUCUAUGAUGGAAUUUUCUUUGUUUAAAACAAGCCUAUUUUUUUGUAUUCAUUAUUGCAACUGCUUGAAUAUUUAAAAAAAAAAACAUAGUAUGUAAAAAAAAAAAUAGAUUUCUUUUGAUUAAGAACUUCUGAAACUGCAGUGAACAGCAUCUUAAAAUACAAGCCAUGUUACUGUAAAGGCUUUGAUGUUUUAAACAUAUAUGCAUUUAUGAAACAAUUAUGUAGAAAUGGUUUGAGGGAAGAAAGCAUUUAAUUUUUCAAGAGCAAAGUGUCAUAGUUUGUAUGAAUUAGUAAUCUCCCUUCAGUUUUAAUUCUAAAGAUGCCGACUUAAGUGUUUUAUUUAUUUAAAUCAUGCCAAAAAUGCUACUUGAACUUUAUCUGGCUGUAUAUGUAUAGACAAGAUUAAUUUUGUUUACCCUGAAUUGUUUGCACAAUUAUUAUUUCAUUGUAUGGCAAUGCAAUUCGGAUAUUGUGUAUUGUGUAAAAUUCUGCAAAUUCUGAACAUUUCUAAUAGACGUUUUCUUCAUCUAAGAUACAUCAUUUAACUUUAGAUACAUAUGAUUGUUAAUGUACCUGUAGGUAAAGUAAGAUCUAUUAUAUAAUUAAAUAUGAUUUUUUCAGCCGUCUUUUGCAUGUGGCAACACAUUUUUGUACAGAAUAUAUUUCUGAGAAAAGAAACCGUAAAACGUGCCGUGUAGUAAAAAAUUGCUCAGUGAAGCAAAGAGCCAGAGGGAAAGGUUUAUAAUAGUACCUCAGUAACUUAUAAUUAACUUAGAGUAUGUUUUUGUAAUCAGCAGGGCUAUGUUUUAAAUAAUUAAAAUGCAUGGUCUGCCCAUGAGAGAUUUAUCUGAGACCUACUACAUAGUGAUUAUCCUCCAGAGCUGCUAAACACACAAUUAGCUCUUUAAAACAUACGGGCAUCACAGAAGAAAAUCUGCUUUUUAUUACUCUACUUAAAAUAGGCAAUUUCUUAAUUGUUAUUCUUGUCAACUCACAGAAGCUAAUUAUUUAAAGAAAAUACUUAGUCUUUUAAACCAAUUUAAAACAAUAUUCUUCUGUAGUAUUCUAAUGCAUUUGCAAAUAUAAGAACCUUUUUGCUUAUUCAGAUUAAUUUGUAGUAUUUUGAAUGAUAAAACCAUAAUAACUAAAUGAUAGUUCUGGUUUAUGUGGAACAAAAUGCAAAGUGGACUUUAGUUUUUGCUAUUUUUCUAAAGCUGCAUAGUGUUUUUCUCUUUGCCAGGUGACUGUCAUACUUACCAAAGCAUUAUGAUAUGUGGCCUAGAAUUUGUGUUUUUCAUUGUGACACUGCACUUCAGUCUGUGUUAGCAGAAUGAAAUGACAUAGUUCUUCAAUUGUGUGCAGUAGUAUGACUCUGGUCAGUACAAAGCUUUAUUUGUGUAAACGUUAUUUUCUACUGGUUAUUUCAUGAAAAUAACUCACUCAUAUUUUUAGUUAAAGGCUUUGAUAGGUUUUGAGUACAUUGAAUAUGCCUUGCUCUCCAGAAGUGCUUUUUAAAAUAUUUAAUAUUAUUGAAUUUAUUUACUUACUGUACAUGGUAUGUGCGAUAUGCUCACAAAGAACAUUGAAACACUGAUAUUUCUUUUAAAUGAAACAUUUUUCCUGGGCAAAUUUAAAUAUAUAUAACAUUUUAACAAUACUUAUGAUUUUUCAAUAUGCAUUAGUUGUGUAAUAAGACAAUGGUUUAAUAAAGUGCUUUGGUUUUCAUUGAUUUUGAUUUUAAACUAAACUACAAAUUGUCAAAAUUUAGCCUAAAACUCUUUACUCACUCUUUUGUGUUAAAGUUAUUUCCAGUGCAUUGACAAUUUGUUUGUGAACAUUACAGCUUCAUAAAUAAACCUUGCAUAAAAUUGGUGGUCUUCUGUUUUCAUUUUAAAGCUAUAUCUUUAAUAAACAGUGACCUUUUCUUACCCAUCCCAUCUGCUAUGUGCUGAAAUCCAUAAUAGAUUCAAUAAAAACUAAAACGAAUGAUUAAUUGAAAUUAAAUAGAACAAAUAAAAAAGAAGUCACUGCUUGUAAUAAAUAAAUAAAAUCACAGGCAAUUUGCAAGAUAAACACUUUGUAAUGAGCCUGGACCCACUGUAAAAGCAAUUUCAUUUGUCAUUGAAACAAUUUUAUUUUUGAAGUGCUGCCUUAGUGCUGACAUACAGAUUGCAUUUAAUAAGGCCACAAGAGCGGUGGACACAGACUUCAAGUUACUUUGAGUCUAACAGUAGAUGUACGAAAAAUGAAUUAAACAAUGUGAUACGCUUCAUUUGUUAAAGUAAUGUUUAAUCACUUGCCACAACUUAGAGUGAAGGAGAAAAAAAAUCUUAACAUCUUCAAAUUCUAGUGUGGUAAAAAAGGAGCUAAAGUGUUGACCCUUGUCAAAUGCUGACUUGGUCAGAAUAUAAAAAGUGAGGAAAUCAUUUCCAGCAUCAAAAGGGGUAAACAUUAUCAACUUAACAAUUUGUUAUGUAGUUUUAAACAGUGGAGCAGAGGGGGAAAUCAAGAAAAAAUGUGUCUUUACUUUAAAAAGUAUGGAAGACACUGUACAUAUACAAGUUUAAGAUAUUUUGGAAAUGAUAUUUUUUCACAUUCUGUAUUAAUUAAAAGCUAUACCACAAAAAAGUAUGAAUAAGUUAGCUAGCCAGUGAUUUUUUUACUGUAGUUACAAACUCAUGAACUGUCACAAAUAGCUAGUAAACAUUAAUUCAAAUUACACAUAAUAUGAGUUCCUUUGUCUCCCCC